AUGACCUCCCUAUUUUCCCUUUCUCCUCGCGCACUUCGCGACCUUUUGCUUGCCUUCUUUCGCCCAACGAACAUUGACGAUACCUCCCGUCCAGUGCAGCGACUACCUCCAGCCUACUCUCGCACACCUCGCUUACCCCUCGAACUCGUGCUAUGCAUUAUGGAAGACGCAUCUGACGGCGAAGGCUUCGAACAUGCCGCACUGCUCCGUCAGUGCGCGUUGGUAUGCCGGGACUGGUCACUCCCCGCUCAAAAGCUACUAUUCCGCACCGUGCAUCUGGUCACCGAGGACGCCUGUGCCUCCUUCCUCUCCGCAGUGCACCCGCGCACGGCAGCAGGCCGUGUGUUGGGCGAGUCUGUCACUCAGCUAAGGGUCGUGUUGGACUAUAAUCAACCCAAGGGUCUUUCCGAGACUUCCUUCGCGCACGCGGUUUGCGCGUGCCCGAAUCUUCUCAGCCUCGACCUCUCUGUCUACGGGUCGACAUUUCCAGGAAAGGAAUCUACCGGUGUUGCCGACGUGUUACGUGUGCGGCGCUCAUCACCUUCGUUCGAGGAGAAAACUCUCGAGUGCCUCAAGGCAGGACCUCGCAUUCGCGCAUUACAGCUUAGCAAUUGGUCCGAGAACCACGAGUCCGUCUUGCGACUCUUUGAAGUGUGGCCAGAGUUGAUCUCACUCGCUCUGAGCGGGUCCACGCCGACGGACGCACCGGGCUGCUGGCCGCCUUCUCAGCUGCGGGAGCUUCGCAUGAACUUCCAGGCUUCGCCUUCCAUCGAUUUUGUCCAGUGGCUUCUACAAGAUUCUGUCCUCGACGUGCUCGAGCUGACGCGCGACGUCUCCCCAGAGGUGAUGGACUUUCUGCUCGACACGCAGGGCCAGACACUACACUCAUUGGCACUGCCUGCCUGUUCGACUGCUGUGCAAGUGCAGACGGUGCAACGCUGCCCUGAUCUGCGUUCGUUGAGGACUGAUCAGCCGCGGGCAGCGGCAGUGCUCUUCAAACCUGGCUACUUCCCAUCUGGGCUGCGACGCAUCGCACUGGCACUGGAUCAUGACGGGACGUUUCUGCAACCGUUGCUCGAUGUUGUUCGAUUGAGAAGGGGGGAACUGCGGGCAUCACGCUCCGGAUGUGGAAUGGGGCUGAACGCAACCCGCACUUGUCGGCGCUCAAGCUGGUCUGCGCGUAUCAUGGCAUUGAGCUGGAGAUGA